UAUGGAAUAAAGUUUCACUUCUUCAAUACACACGUACUAUAUUACGUGAAGGGUACACUUUUAGAAAUGAGCCCAACCAAACAAAAAACUUUUAUCAAAGAUUUAUUCCAUAAAAAACAUUCAAGAAAUCAGAAGAAAAAAUCAAAUGAAGAAAUUAGAGAAUGUAAUGGUAUUGAUUAUCCAUUAGACAUAUGGUUUAUAAUAUCAGAAUAUAUUAAACCAGAAGCUAUAGGGAAAUUUGCUUGUAUUUGUAGAUCUUCUUAUUAUGUGACUACAACUGCAAAAUUUUGGUUUCAUCUAUAUAAGACUUAUUACAAGUUUGUUCCUGGUAUACCAGAACGCUUGCAGCCACAUUGGAUGGUACUACGCCAUGAAUUACGUCUUUGUGUCAUUAGAACAUUGCAUUAUUCCUAUUUUGCUGAGAGGAGUAUAUCAAACUAUGUAUCACAGUUACAGCAAAGAGAGCCACAUUCUCUUGUUAAAAGACAAUGUUCUCUCAUGUGGCACAAAACAGGACUUAAUCGGUGGUAUUUCUUUUUCAAAUUAAAAGAAAUAUCGAGAAUAUGUAAUGGUACUUUGAUACAACAAAAUAAAAACAUACAUGAGCAAAUGAAUGACGUUGAAAGAGCAGAAAAAAUAAAUGGAAAUCCAGAGGAAGGUUGUAAACUUUUACAUGUAAGAUCUGUAAAAUAUAGCAAAUUACCAUUUGUAAUUGGACUAAUUCUACAGAAACUAUCAGUGACAUUAAUGCCUGGUCUUAAAUACUUGCGGUUACAGCUUGAAUUUGGAACAUCAGAUCUUCCAAAUGCAUUAACAAACCAAGUUAUACUGAAUUAUGUAAAUGAUUAUGAAGUUUUAGAUUGGUGGCAUCCACGUUAUCCACAUCAAGAUACAAUAUCUCAUUUAUGUGAGAUAGGUAGUACCGUACAUUUAACUUCAAAUGAUACUUGGGAAUAAUAUCUUUAUCUAAUUUCUCUUGCAAGAAUAUUAUAUUUUGUCUAUUUAUAUGUAUUAUAUAAAUAUUAAUUUUAUAACUGAAAUAUAUGUAUGCAAAUAUAAAAAAAGGUUCAGUUUUAAUUGAAGAAUCUAAACAUUCAAAUAUUUCUUAACAUUCGUUUCAAUAUUUUCAUCUAUUAAUAUCAUACAAGUC